AUGGAUUCUUCUCAUUUGGCUCGAUUCAGUUGCAGAAGAAAACCUGCUGCUGUCUUAAUCUUUCUAAUCGUUUGUGGUAUGGUUGCCUUAAGCAUUUCGUCUGAGAUGUGGAAUAAGUUCGUCCGAUAUCUUGAUUACUGGCCCACAUUUACUCCAUUCAAGUUGUCAACGAGUUUCCUCAUGAUCAGAGCCUAUACUGAGUCAACAUUCUGCUUGUUGCUUUCAGGGGCUUUGUAUGUUGACGAUGAUACAUAUUUGAGUCAGCUGUCAUCUGUUAGGAGAGUAGCUCUCAAGACUGGGAAGGUUGAGGCUUUGCAAAAGAUGGAUGAUUCAUAUUUUGGGGAGGGCUGUAAACUUUUUGGGGAAAGGGUUCUAUGA